AUGGCACGCAGCUGCUUGAGGCGGUGUGAUACCCUGAAGAUGACCCCAACGUGGGUACUUCUAGGGUUGAGCGUUUUCGUUGUAGGCUUGCUCGCGAUCGUCACAAGGCGCAUGACCAACUCUCCCCAUAAGAUCGGGUCCUUAUUGCUCGUGUGCAUGGGCAGCCUCACCACUUGUGCUGCCUUGGCCGAGACUUGUCUUGAGUGUUACCGAGAUGAGGGAGCAGAAUCAGGAACUUCAGCACCGGAGGCUCGGCGCUUGAGAUGGGCAACCUGCAGUUUCCGAGACCUGACGGCAGAG